UAAUACACUGAGCUUAACACACACUUUGUAUAGCGUCCUUAUUCACCAACUUGCAACACAAGGUUCAGUGUUCCGGCAGCUGAGUCAACGGACCCACAGAACUGUCCAUGAGAACAUCUAGUUAGUUAUGAAACGGAGUCCAGCUUGUAUGCCGCUUUUCUUUGCCAGUCAGAUCGCCUCUCAACAGAUGAGGGGAAAGUUGCUGACAGCAUCAUUUUCAAUGGCAACCCAGUAAAAGGUCCUCUCUGUGGAAACUCAGACUUUUUCUAUCAUGCGGUUAGAGGCUCAGCUGCGUCUCUGUCAGAGUUGUGUUUGGUGCUGCAGGAGCGGGCUGCGCCAGUUCUCCCAGAGCCAUGCACACAGGAAAGCUGUGAACUACUACAAUCUUCUGGGAGUCAACUCUGAUGCCUCCUUGGAGGAAAUAAAAAAUGCCUUUUUUGACAAAUCUAAGAAGCUGCACCCAGACAGCGACCCAUCCAACCCAGCGCUGCACAGCCAGUUUGUGGAGCUGAACGAGGCCUACCGAGUGCUGAGCAAAGAUUCGAGCAGGAAGGAGUACGACUUUAAAAUCAGACAUCCCGGGGAUGGCCAGGCCUUCAGAUAUGCCUCCAGUCACACCAGCUACAGAUCUAGCUCGGGCACCCAGGAGAAUCUUCGUUACUGGGAGCAGUUUCGUCAGUCCCAAGCACGGGAGAUGCCGGCGGAGGAGUGGCAGAAGAGGAGGAGGAGGAACUUCCGCCUGGUGGGCUACUGCUUCAUCACGAUGUUGCUGAGCGUCGGCGCCCAUGUAGUCUUCUUCAGGAAACUGGAAGAAGUUCACUAUAACUUUAUGGACGAAAAAGAUCGAGUUAUAACAGAAAUUUACAAUGAAUCCAAAGAGAGGGCCAGGACCAACGGUUUUAAGAAACAGACUGAAAUCCUGCGGCAGAAACAUGCUGAGUUUCUGGAGAAAUACAACAUCCGCAAGGAUGGAGAGGACAAGUAGGAGAGUCUCCACCUGUGCUCCGUGAUAAUGGAGUUUCAGCUGCCAGCAGGUGAAAGGCAGUGGACCGGGUGUGGUACCUGUUUUAGGAUUUUUAAAGUUUUUUUUCUUUUAUUUAAUUUAAUUGAAACAUGUUAAUGUUUUUGUCCUCAGUUGAGUACUUGAAGACACACGGGACAUGGGUGUGAUGUGGGAAUGUUUCAUAUGGUCAUAUAAGUGUUUCUUAAUGACCAAGCCAAGCUGCACAUCAGACUGCACCGGUCUGAAGCAUUUAUACCUACCGUAGAAUUGUUUGAAGUGAUGUGACAUAAGGAUCUACCUACAGUAUGUACACAAACCAUAAUAAACACUGUUCAAACUGCCUCGUAUGAACUCACAGGAACAUGCUACUUAUUGUCCUCUGCCUCAUUGCUGUGUUGGGGGUGCACAGAAAACAGCAAAUGAAUGCCAGAUGACAGCAGAUAAAUUAAGACAAGACAGACUAACAGUACCGCCAAUAUGUUUCUUGCUGAAAGAAAAUUGUGUUGAGUAAAAUCUUGUCCUGGGUUGCACACAAGAGGACGCUCCGUAAUGUUGUCUUAGGUUUGACGUAGUCUUGCAGCCAGACCUAUCUCCAGAAUACGUUUUAAUGCUGUGCCAGCGCUGGAGAAAGGUCCGCCUGAACCCAUCAUAAUUAGGCUCUAAGGGGAAAAAAAAACCCACUUGUUUGUAUUUCUUUAAACCAAUCACAAUCGUCCUGGGCAGUGCUAAGCCCAGGAUGUAGCGACGGUUCACUUUGCAAAACAGUGUCAGGAGAUUUGUGUCUGAAAUAGGCAGGCUCAUACACACAGUCUACAUCCCGUGAGUCAGGCUAGGUUUGAUGAGACUGUUUGGCGGCGGGAUUGACUGGUGGUGGGGGGGGGGUGUGUGAAGUAUGACACGUGCAAGUCAAAUAUUUCAGCAACAAUGGUUUGUCAAGCAAAGUGGUCAAAACAUGCUACAAUGUCUGUUGGCCGAUCACAGUUAUGAAUUUUGGGACAUCCCUGUCAAACUCCUCAUUGUUCCCUCUGUUGACCGUGUGUUGCUGUUUGAAAUGCAGCGCAGAAUAAAGUGCCCUCCAUUUGUUGGAAAUGGAGAUGAAGAAGAAAAUCACUAUUGUCACAUGAAAAGAAUGACAUGCUAACUUAUUUAGAGUCAGACUAUUGUGUUAAUAAUGACACUGAACAUGUUCACAUUGAAUACAAAGACUUCUGCUGGUUACCUUUGAUUUUAGAGAUUGUUGUUUUUCAGUUUUUGACUGCCUUAUCUAUUCACUGUCAGUGGGAAAUGAUUAAAAGAUCAACUUUUUCCCAUCAAUCAUUA